AUGGGGAAUCGGAAGGUGACGCCCGAGCAGAUCUCUGUCGUGCGGUCCGUCGUGGGCGGUGACUUCCCCGAGAUGGAUAUCAUACGCGCCCUCCACCUGGCCAACAACGAUCCCACAGCCGCUAUCAACAUUAUAUUCGACGCCCCGGCGCACUUCCAGUCAUCAGUCCCCGCCUCACAGGGUGACGGCGCAGGAGCUACUCCUCCCUCUCCCACUACCCCAGCCACCCAUGCCCCUUGUGGAAUGUCUGGGAUGCGCAAGGUUCCCGGUGCCACCCCCUCGCCCAGUGCAGACCAUCUUACCCAUCCCGCUCGAGACGCAGACAGCGUAGAUUGCCAUUCCGAAGAAGGGGCGACCUCCACCCAUGUUAACUGCGUCCAUUACCCACCAGAGGCACCAUCGGGGGAUAUCGACCGUAAGGCGACUGAACCAGGAACCAGAGAUGACAAGAACAACGACUGGUGGCUGGUCGGCAGAUGCGACCUCACCGGACUGUCCACAUGCAAAGGUCGGAGGCUGAAGGCCGGUGAAUUGGUGAGCUUCUCUUUUCCGUCUACAAAAGUUGAGAGCUCCUCAUCCACCGCAAGAUUUCCGAGUCGAGGACGACAAGUGGCUUCUUGUUCAGAGAUUGUCAGAUUCGCGACUCCGGAUUCUGGAGAGGUCGGGCACUUUUUUCAAAUCCUUAACGUUUUUAUGCUAUUCUCGGAAUCAGCUGACGAACACCAUGGUCUUAUGUGCUUUUGUCCGGGUACAAUUUAGAUUGGCCGCAUUCCAAAUGAAUGGGCACGUUGCCUAGUGCCACUCGUAAAAAUGAAUAAGGUUCGGAUUGAAGGGUGCUGCAAGUCUGCUCCUGACGUGCUCAGCAUCAUGGACACCCUUCUCCUGUCUGUCAGGUAUGGACAAGGUAAUAUUUGAUUAUAGCAACGUCAGUAAAUGGAACCUGCACUAGGAUGUUCGCAUUCGCUGUUCCCAGCUCCUACGAGCACCAAAUCGUUCCUCUUCUUUAUCAGAUUAUUUACAUUUUAGUCGCAGCAUAUUAUUUGAGCAUUUCGCCGUAAACACCUUAUUCACCGUUGAUUUCCUUGCAGCGUGUACAUCAACAUUCGUUUAUUUGGAAAGCACCACCAGACGCCACUUAAGUCUUCCCUUUCGGCCACUGAGGGGAUGACAAUCCAUCCCCUCUCAACUCUCUUCAAAUUAAUAGGUCUGGAACCUUUCAAGAAGGUUAGCUACUUUAUGUUAAUCGUUCUCCGUGCUGAUAUUAUUCUUCUGCGUUUUUUAUUUGUAAGAUAUGAUAUUGUUGUGAAUGUAAACUUUGUGAUGCAGAGGCCUAAGGAUGAGCUUGUGUGGCCAAUGUCUAGUGAUGAGAUAGUAUUAGUUUGUGAUCAUUCAUGGAUCAUGUGUAUUCUUACUAAGUGGGAUUGAAUUUUUAAAUAGCGUGCAUAAGCAAGGUGUUAAGGUAGCGUCUGGUUUCAAGAACAGGGAAGCUCAAAAUUGCAGGGGUGGAUUGCAGAGUGCGAUUUUUUCUUUUUUUCUCAUGGAAAUGAAGGAUAAACUAAAUUUAUAGAGUCUCUGGGGAUAUUCCUGGAAGUUUUUUCAGAAUUAUAACGUACAAUGGUGUUGCAAGAUAUAUGUUGCAACACAUUGAAGAUGUUUAGGUCUGUUCUGGGAGAGAUGCAAUAAUUGAAAUCAAUUGUGAUUAGUGUAUUUAUGGAGAAGUUAUGGACGGAAAGCAUUCGUAAACCAGAGGAGGUGCCAAGAUCUAUGCAGAAACGUAUUGCAAAUAGUAUUAAUGAGUGCGAGUAGCGGUAAGGAAGAAUGCUUUCUGUGGUGUGCCCAAAAAAUUACAACAAUCGGAGGCUAAACUAAAUGGAAUCAAAAGGUAAGGCUGGAUGAAGGAUCUAACUCUUUAGCAGUUUUUUGGUAAAGUGAAGUACACUGAAAUUCUCCUGCUUUAGCUAAGAAUAACCAAUGUUUUAUUUUCAUCAUUGCUUUGUGGAUUGAAUUUUUUAUGCUCAUGUAAGACUUCUGAAAUUUCCUUAAUUCCUGUUGGCAUCGUUUACCAAAUGCCACGUGAUUAAAAAUAGGAUCCUAUCACUUUGCUACUUAUCGUUUCCCAAUGGACGAAAAAUGCCAAUUGUAACAUGAUACCUUUGACGAAAAAUGUCAUGCUAUCUGAUCAGGCGGAAUUUACCCCAGAGGACCUUCUUUCAAGGAAACGACCUCUAGAAUGCAAGGUACGUGCUAAUUUGACAACUUUUUUAUUUUGAGGGAUACUGAAUGACGUUAUUUAAGCAGGAAAUGCAUCAGGUACUUGCUUCAGUAUUACCAUCAGAGAAUGGCAGGAAAUUAACUAAUGGCACAAGCAACAGUGAAAAAGAGCAUGCAGCUGUUUCAGACUCUGAUGUAGACAAUAUUGUUGGCAUUUCUGACAAGUCGGAUCUGAAGGUAUUUUUCUUAGUUUAGAUCAUUUAAUAAGUUUUAAAUUUAUGCCAUAGUUUGCCAGUAGAGAAACUAAAUUAUCUCAUUAUAGGAAAUGGAUCCACCUAAUACCAUGCAAAGUGAGCUACGGUCUUAUCAAAAGCAGGCUCUUCACUGGAUGAUUCAUCUUGAGAAAGGAAGAUGUUUUGAUGAGGCAGCAACAACUCUUCAUCCUUGCUGGAAUGCAUAUCAUCUUGCAGACGAGUAUGUUGGUGCUUUUUCUACUUGAUUAUCGUGUGUAGUUUCCGGAAAAAUCUUUGAUAUCAUUGCUUCUAUACCAGGAGGAAGCUGAUUUUAUAUUUAAAUGCAUUUUCUGGUGAGGCAACCACCAAAUUUCCUAGUGCACUUCAAAUGGCAAGGGGAGGGGUACGUGGCUAAAUAGCAGAACUGUUGUGAUUUCUUCAGAAUUUUGUUCUUUCUAGCGAUGACUAUUUAUUAUGUUAUGCGUUUGAAGAUUCUGGCAGAUGCAAUGGGCCUUGGAAAGACCAUUAUGGCCAUAUCUCUUAUGCUGACGUGCUCAGACAAAGGGUGCUCAUAUGCUUCCUCCGCUAGUCAGGCUUCCAUUGCUACAAAUGAUAUGAGCACAUCUGGCCUAUCUCCGGGUACACCAAAGAAAAUAGCAAGCAUUUCCAGUUUCAGCAAGUUGAUGCAAUGCAGGCAACCAUUUAUUGGUGGGGGCAAUUUAAUUAUUUGUCCUAUGACAUUGCUAGGCCAGUGGAAGGUAUUGUUGAGUUAUUUCAUUUUGUAAUUUUGUUUUAUUUCUGCAUGCUAUAUAACACAUUAGUUCUGUCUUCGUAAGAGGAAGUCAGUCAGCUUGUUUAGUUCGCUAAUUUGAUGUCUAAACUUGGGUUGGAAAAAACUUUGUGCCACACGGAGUUAUGAAAAGUGAAAUAAACCUUAUCAAUGUCACUGGCGUGGUUGCUACUUUAUGUUCAAAACUCGCGUUACAAUUAUAUUAGUCCAUUGGAACAUCAUAAACAUACGUCUAUACAGAUACUGGCACGUAUCAAGGAUUGAGUCUGAGAUUUAUAGGAUUCAAAGAACGAGUGAUUCACAUAUGUGAGUUGAACCAAGGCACAUAAAAAGCACAUAAAAUGUAAAGAUGGUGUAAGUCCGUUAUCUAGAAUGUUUUUUAAAGUACAUAAAACGAAGUUGGCAUCCAUUAUAUAGAAUGUCUUUUAAAAUUACAGAAGAAACAUGUACGUGACAUCUGCAUAUUCAGUGAGAUAUGUUGUUCUUGAUCUCCUUGCAGGCAGAGAUUGAAACCCAUGCCCGGCCAGGCUCUCUUAGCAUUUAUGUCCAUUAUGGACAAAGUAGACCGAAGGAUGCAAAGCUUCUUGCACAGUAUGAUGUCGUUCUAACAACAUACGGUGUCUUGUCGUCAGAAUUUUCAGCUGAGGUAGCCUGGUGUUGAUUUUACAGUGAUACCCAUUGCUUUCCUCAUUCAUCUCAUUUCUGCAGCUGUCCUGUUGAUUGUGGUGAUGUUCUUGCAGAAUAUCGAGGAAAAAGGUGGACUAUACUCUAUAUGUUGGUUCAGGGUCGUGCUUGAUGAAGCACAUACCAUCAAGUCUUCCAAAAGCCAGAUUUCUUUGGCUGCGUCUGCUCUAACUGCUGAUCGGCGUUGGUGUCUUACUGGAACCCCGAUCCAGGUACUGCCUGUUUAGUCGGUUGCACAUUAUGAUUUUAUCUAUGCUUAAGUUCCUGUUUCCUUUAUCCAGUUUUUUUAUUAUUGUUCUUAUUUUAUUUUUACUUUGAUCAGUUUUGUAAUGUCUUGGUUUUGAUUUUAUUUGCCCGUUCCUUUGGCAGAACAAUCUGGAGGAUAUUUUUAGUCUUCUUCGGUUCUUAAAAGUGGAGCCUUGGGGUAUCUGGGGCCUGUAAGUUUACCAGUGGUGGUUCUACGAUCGUUUGGCUAUUGUCCAUUCCUGUUCUGCUUGAUAUUUCUAUACACAGAUACAUAGUAUACAUUAUUUCAAUGUGAUUUCAUUUUUUUUCAUUAUGACACUUCUAGACGAUUAUAUCUAUAUCAUAUAUAUAUAUAUAUAUCGUGGAUAUGGAUAUCAUGGUGUUUUAUUUUGACGGGAAUAUUGGUGUUUAAUCUGUAAAAGUAAAAUUAUUCCUUAGUAUUCAUCCUUGACCACCUGACAUUUUCAUGAAAAUCAUUACGCAAGAAAUUUUUAAUGCUCUUUUAAUGAAAAAUAGUGUUGAUUUGAUUUUACUUGGUGUCUUUAUUGUUCAUUAUUUUUUUCUCACCUCUUUUGUAAAGGUGGUAUAAGCUCAUUCAGAAGCCUUAUGAAGAGGGAGAUCAACGUGGGUUAAAAUUGGUCCAAUCUAUAUUAAGGCCAAUAAUGCUGAGAAGGACGAAGUUUAGCACGGACACACAAGGAAGGUAAGAAAAUUAUUCAAGUCUAUGACGGCCAACUAUGUCCUCGGAUCAUGAUCAAAACACUGGAGAUUUUGUUGAGAUGCACUCUAUGAUGUGUUCCUCAACUCCAAGCUGUUGCAUUGGACUUAGCUAGGAUGUGAAUGGAUAGAUGUAGGGGUUGUGUUCACCCUGAUUUUUCUCUUCAUGGAUUCAUGUCUUUGCUGAUCCCAAGUUAUUUUUCUAAUUUACAUUUGUCUGUUUUUUAACGCAGGCCAAUUCUUGUUCUUCCCCCUGCAAAUGUGGAGGUAGUAUACUGUGAAUUCACGGAAGCUGAAAAGGACUUCUAUGAUGCACUUUUCAAGAGGUCUAAGGUAUUUUGUUUUAAUGUUUCUUUCUGUUGCAGUUUCUUUUUCCUAAUUCUUGGAUGCUUCUUAAGGGAAUAUCUUAUUUCAGGUAAAGUUUGACCAAUAUGUCGAACAAGGACGGGUUCUUCAUAACUAUGCUUCCAUUCUGGAAUUGCUUUUACGCCUUCGUCAGUGCUGUGAUCAUCCAUUUCUUGUAAUGAGGUCUGUCUCAGAUCAUUUGACUAGAUUCCUCUUAUAUUACCAUUCUGCUAUUUCAACCUCCAUUGUUUUUCAUAGAUUUAAUUAUUUCGUUGAUGAAUUAAAAUUUCCACGUCUCUGAGGAGUCAAGAACUGUUCAAUUACAAUUUCCUAGGGGAUCUAGAGUGAUUGGAGGUCGUCUCUUUCUACAAUAGCUACUAGAUUAUCCAUCAUUGUAUAACAUGGCAAUUAACUUGCUUUUCAUGAACGUUAUUUGGAAGAUCCUUUCCUUCUUCUUUUUUUCUUUUUCUUUUGUGUGGCUUGCAUCUGUGUUUCCGUUCUUUUCUUGGUGGUCGUUGGUGUUUCCUUCCGCUGUGCAAAUAUCGCUUUAAAUCAUUGUGGAUGCAAUUGAAAACAUCCUAUGUCUCAUUUCAGUGUCUUCUGUUAUUAAUUUUGUAUACUAGCUCUUCUCCUCCUAACCAAUACUCCUGCUUGCUCAGCCGUAGUGACACACAGGACUUCUCAGAUCUGAAUAAACUUGCAAAGCGUUUCCUUAAAGGUGGUCGUGUUUCUUCAAAUGUUGACUCAAAGGAUAUGCCUUCUAGUGCAUAUGUUGAGGAGCUUGUAAAUGAGCUCCGUAAAGGAGAAAAAGGGGAGUGCCCAAUUUGCCUUGAAGCUUUUGAAGAUGCUGUUUUGACACCUUGUGCACAUUGUUUGUGUCGGGAAUGCCUCCUAGCUAGCUGGCGUUGUGCAGCCAGUGGUCCUUGCCCGAUUUGUAGGUACCUUCUGACUUCUCUGCUCGUGCCAAUUGUCCACUAUAUGGUAGUUUUAUCCCAAUUUUUGUGUGACAUUAUCUACUUAGAUUUGUUAAGAUUAUAUUUUCUUAUUUGCAGGAGAAUAAUACACAAGACUGACCUUAUUACUGCUCCAACUGAUAGUCGGUUUCAAGUUGAUAUAGAGAAUAACUGGGUGGAGUCCUCAAAGGUAUCCAUGCUUCUGAAGGAACUGGAAAUUCUUUGCAGUUCAGGCUUAAAAGGCAUCAUCUUCAGUCAGUGGACUGCUUUUCUGGAUAUCCUCCAAGUUCCCCUUUCCCGGUAAAAUUCCUUGUGCGCACGAACAUGACUGCUUUUCUGUUGGGCUCGAAUCGUUUUCCUGUGCUACUUUUUGAUUCUUCUGAGAUUAUGAUCCAUGUUUAGAACCUUCGCCAUUUCAAUCUCAGAGUGUCGUAGUAUGGACCUGAGAAAGGUGUUAUCAAUUUAGUGACAUCAGCUAAUUCAGCAAGAAAUUUUGAUGUACAUUUUUGGCGGAAGGUCAAUUUUAGUAAAAUUGGGUUACUGCUCACUUUGAAAACUGUAAUGUAAGGUUUUAACUGAAUUUAAAUAUCUGCUGUUCGACUUGGGGACGAAACUAGUCUGUUGUGUAGUUCUGGAGGAUUGAAUGGGUCAGAAAAUAUAUGCAAUCGCUUAUUAAAUUUUUGACUAGUAUUUUAUGGGCAUAAACUAAAAAAACCCUCUGGUAAAGCACAUCACUGGCAAAACAGUGAGAUGUUGAGGUUCAUUUCUCCUUUGUUCAUCUGUAUGAAUUGGUGGUGUGGAUAAGAUAGUUAAUGCCCUGAAAAUCACGUAGACCUUUAGAAAGGCCUGCUGUCACAGUUCUUUGCUCUUGUAGUUCUUUCCCUAGAUAGAAAAUGUGUUUUAGCUCUUGAAUAAAAAUUAUUUACGGAUGUUUUACACCUAGAAAUUCACGAAUUGGUUGUUUUAGAGGAUUUAGAGGUAACCAAUUUGGAGGCUUGACCUGGUUGUGAGGUACUUGUCGCUUGGGGUUGCUGCACAAGAGAUGCUCUUUGGUUUCAUGUGUAAGAUAAGUUGAAGUGCAAUUUACUGAUCCUUGCCAAUACCUGACGUAAGUUGAAGUACAGUCUAUUAAUUUGUGAAUUUUAUGUUCAGGUCAAAACUUGCCAUUAACUAUUUUUUUCACUUCGCUUUCACUGUCAGUUAAUUUGAAUCCAUUAAUGAAUACUCCACUUUGCAUGUACUCUGUGGUCAUUCCUGAAGUAUCAUGGAUAGAUUGGACCUGAUCAUUGAUAGAUGCCAUGAUUUUUGGAUCUUAAAAUCUCCAUUGUAGUGGUAGUUGUAGGCCAUGCUCUCACACCCGGGUUUGGUAGCGCAUGUCAAGCUCAGUUAUCUGUGCGUCUUAAUUGCGGUUUAACUAUUGUCACUCUGUUUUGUUUACAUGCAUCAUUUUAACUGUGUGAUGAUUGAAAUAUUGUUCAGAAAAAGUAUUUCCUUUGUUCGAUUGGACGGGACUCUAAACCAACAACAACGUGAGAAGGUUAUAAAUCAAUUUUCGGAGGAAAAAUCUUUAACGGUAUACUAUUGGGUGUCGAACUUUCUAUGUUUUUUUUUUUUUUUUUUUGAUGCUGCGAAUCACAAUGUCUGAGGUACAUUGGUCUCCUAAUGCAGGUGUUACUCAUGUCAUUGAAGGCUGGGGGUGUUGGGAUAAAUCUUACAGCAGCAUCUCAUGCUUUUCUCUUGGUGUGUGAAACCCUUCUCAUUGCAUCUGUUGAUUGUUAGUGGAUGACAUGUUUGUGCAUAUUGGAUUGCAUAUUUCUUAUUGGUGCCUGGGUAAGUUUGUUUGUUAGCAUUUGGAUGUCAUAUAGAGACAAUAUCAUGGUGGAAAGUUAUGCAUGUGUUAAGCGAAAAAGUCUAAAUAUUUAAUGAGAAAAGCUGUCUGCCGUUGUAGGUUGACAUUUCGUUUUUCUGGGGCGGUUGGACUAAAAAUCCUUCAGAACGAGAGAGGAUAGUGCCUUAAGUUGCUUACAGGUUUAAUUGGUUCAAGUGCAACCCACGACUCUUUCAGGCUUCUAGAUGCUAAAAACUCUUUUGGAGCGUCAUCUGUGGCAAAAUAUAGAUUCUAGCUUUGCUGAUUUAACUCAUGAAAGUCCAAAAUCUAAACUAAAAUAUUUUCCCCCUUGCCUUACGUCCGUUUAUAAGAAAAUGGUUGUUUUAUCUUUUUUGAUAGAUGCUUAACCUGGUAGAAUUUGGCGGGACCCGUAUUUUGUUCGUGGGUCUCUAGUUCCAAUGGCUCAGCAUUAAUUCAAGCGAUGAAAAGAUCUAGAAAAUGCUCAGAUUUUCUUCAGCCUGCUUUAUUUACGAUUCAGGAAUGAAUUUUCUUCUGUGCGCCGAGACGCUUGGGGAUUCAUUUGGCUCACAAGGUCGUUAAUAACGGGGCUUGCCGAGCAAAAAUAUAACCACUUUAAAUAUUGUUGAUGAAAUUCCGUCAAAUAAAAGGAAACAUUUAGCUUUUCUUGGUUUCUACAAUCUUCGUAGCGCUUAAUUGGUCACGUCGAAACAGGAAUGGAUAUCUUGAUUUCAUUGCCCUGGAGUUUUUGAACUCAACCUGACAAUUGCCUCUAUCCCAGACUGUUGAUGUUGUAUGCUUUUGAUGGCGUAAUCAUGUUUCAUUUGUUCUUUGCUUGGACAUGAUGGCAACACGUAUAUUCUUUGAUUUGCGUUUGCUCUUCUAUGUGAUGAAAGGAUUAUAAGUUCCGUCUCUGAGUCAUCAUGAUUCUUGAUUCCCAUUUUUUCCAGGAUCCAUGGUGGAAUCCUGCAGUGGAGGAACAAGCUGUGAUGCGCAUUCACCGGAUUGGUCAGACUAAAAGUGUAUCAAUCAAAAGGUUCAUUGUAAAGGUAUUUUCCAUCAGUUAAACUAAUUAUUGUCUAUCUUUGAAUCCGUAUCACUGAAUUGAAGCUUGUCCCAGCUUAUUAGUGAUCGUAUCGUAUCAGCCUAUGAAUCUCGUGUGGAUUUCUUAUGAUCAGGUGUUGUGAAUAUGAUAUCAUGAUAUAUUUUCUCAGUCUAUCUGGAUUAUAGCUUGCUGUGUUAAGGUAAAAGAUAUUUUAUUCUUCACUCGGGUAACGCGAUAAAAUUUAAGGUGCAACAAUCUGAGCCUAUCCAACUGCGAAAUGAAUUCUAUCUUGGGUAAUACACAAAAUGAAGGCCAUCUUCCCUGAAAAGUAUGGUGCUUGGUUUUAACGAAACUGAGAAAGGAAGGAAGUUAUCUGUGUUUAUGCACUUACAAGUACGAACAUUUGGCUAUGGUCAUAACUUAUUUGCUGUUAUUCUUUGCUGUUUGGAGCUGGCAUUUCUGGCUGUCACCCUGAACGAGAUGUAUCGUAGAAAAAAAAAGUCGUUUCUGUGCUUCCCAGGCGAGUCGGCUUAAAAGGCUUCUCUUUAUCACACUAGUGCUUCUCGGUGGUCUUCUUUACCAUAUUAGUCAUCAUAUUAGUCAUCAUGUAGCUGGGACAUCAUCAUACAUUCCUAAAGCAUGUUUUGCCUAUGAAAGUUGUGUGCCAAUAAUAUGUAUUAAUUACUAUCUCGCGAUGUUGUUUAGCAGCAACAUUCUUAAGCCUAAGCUGUCUGACGAAAAUGACUUUAUCUCAUCGUUGAGCUCAAAACAAGCUAGACGAAGCUAGUUUUUUGGGCAUCAAGGAAACUAUCCACCCACAAAGCACGAACCAGGAUUAUUCAGGGACAUGGCACUUCCGUGAGUGCUUAACAAAUGUUUUCUGGAUAAAAGGAUCUUAUGAUGUGCUGUUAAACGUUUUUAAGGUUUAUCAUGGCAAUGAUAUGGAUGGCGUUUGAUAGGGCUUGAUGAAUGGAAAUGUUCUGCACCAGCAGGCUACAACCUUACUCGCCUUAAUCACCCAAGACAUUAUGGUUUAUAGUAUUUGUAGGGGCCUAAGGUCAAGGGUCGUCUUUCGUUUUGCCCUCAAUAUCACAAAUUCUCAUAAUUUUCGUAGUUUGUUUUUUCAACUCUUCGUCAGUUUUAUGAGGUUCCUACACGCGCGGGAUCUAUUUGUCGACAGAUGAAAACCACGGUUCUGUUCCAUCUUGAAUCACGGGUAAUGUUAUUUUGUUCAGGGCACGGUGGAGGAGAAAAUGGAAGCGGUGCAGGCCCGAAAGCAGAGAAUGAUUUCGGGCGCCUUGACGGAUCAGGAGGUCCGCACAGCGAGAAUAGAGGAAUUAAAGAUGCUCUUCAACUGA